AUUAUUAUUAUUAUUAUUAUUAUUAACCGAGCUUUAACAGCUACUUUCUUUUUAUUGGGACUGUUUACUUAUUCUAUCCGUUGAUCAUUUUAUAGAUGCGUCCUAAUAAUGCUAUUGCUAUUGAAAGAGCAAAAGUAGAAUCGAUGAUUAAAGAGCAACAAGAAGCCAAGAAAAGAGAAGAAAAUGAAAAAAGUAAAUCAGAUAAAAGAGAAAUUAAAAAAGGAAGAAAUCCAAAAAGGCAACUAAAGAACAAAAGAAGAACAAAAAAGAUAGCAAUAGCAAAAAUACCAAAGACGUCUUUACCUACACCUAAAGUAUAUAGUUCCGAUUCAGAGGAUACAGAAUAUGAAAGACGAAUCUCUUCAUUAGCUCAAAAAAAAUCAUACAUAAAUGAAAUGUCUGCUUCGGAUUCUGAUGAGACAGAUGUUGAAAAGCGAUCAUCUAAUUCAAAACAAAAAGAAAUGCAUGUUCAAAACACACUGUCUGCAUCGGAUUCUGAUGAAACUGAUAAAGAUAUUCCAAUGAAUAAAAAAUAUACCCCAUCCAAAAAAGUGUCCUCUGUCCAGCCAUUGUCCGAUUCAGAUUCUGAUGAAACAGAUCGUGAAUCAAAGGCACCAGCAAAUAUUAAGAAGGUUAUGAAUAAAUCAAAGGCCGAAAUAAGUUCUUCAGAACAAUCGUCAUCAUCUAGCGAUGAAUCAGAUUCAGAUGUGGUAAAUGAUAAGGCAGUGUUGAAUAGACAGUAUAAACAAAGGGGACAAACAGCCUCACGUAUUAAACCUAGAACAUCAGAAUAUAUUCAUGAUUCUUCUGACCCUUCUUCCUAUUCUUCUUCAUCAAGUGAUGAAUCAGAUUCAAACAAUAAUGAGGAAAACUUUACAAAACUUAGGGGAUAUAUUAGGAAACGAAAUCAUCUAACUUCGAAUCGUAUCUCUUUUAGAGCUAAACGCGAAAUUGAUCCUAGCAAAUCAGCUGCUAUCAAUUAUGCUACUCGACUUUCUGAUGCAUUCGUAACUAACGUCAAUCCAGAUUAUUUUGUUUCGGAUUCUGACUCAGAAACAGAUUCUGGAGAGGAUUAUGAUAGAAGAGAAUAUCCUCCAUGGCAACGCACUUUAAGCUGGAAUACAAAACCAGAUGAGAUAAAAUGGCCAAAGCAAAGAAAGUUUGGCUACUCUGACAAGCUGAAAUUAGAAAAACGUAUUAAAAAAAUAUGUAGACGUGAAAAUAUAUCAUUCUCUGAAGCUUGUGAAAUAUUUUCAAGUAGUCAUCGUAAGGAAUAUUUACGAUUUUUUCAAAAAAUUGGAAAAGCCUUUCCAAAUCGUUCUCUUGCUUCAAUAGCAAAGCAGUGCAAAGAGAUGUAUCAUACGAAAAGAAAUAACGCUCCCUGGACACCAGAGGAAAUCAAAAAAUUAGAAGAACUAUUAAAGAUUCAUGGCAACAAUGCAGUACUUUUAUCUGAAUAUAUGGAUCGAUCACCAAAAAACAUUAAUGAUUUUCUCUUUGGACAUGGACAUGCAACUAAAAAAUUGGCAAAACGUUGGUCUCGAGAAGAAGAUGAAUUACUUGCAAAAGCAGUAGUAAACAAAAAAAAUGUGCAAGAUGGAAAGGUAUCCUUUCUCUCUAUUGUACCGCUUUUUAAGGGAGAAAGGUCUCAAAAGCAAAUAUAUGCAAGAUAUUAUACAAUCCGUCACCUUAUUCAACCUGAUGGAACAUUGGCUAAAAGCAGAAAUGCAACACCAUAUGAAGAGUUAAGAUAUUUAAAAUCACUUUUACAACAAGUAGAGAAACAUAAUUUAAUAGAGGAAUCACAACUAGAUUUUACAAAAGAUAGAGGUUUUGUGCACAGGCUUUUUUAUGUAAAGAAUCGAGCUAAUAUUAAAGGAUUCGAAAAGAUGAAAAUUAAAGAUAUUUUAACUAUAUUGAUUGAGAAACAAAACAAGAUAAUUCAAUCAAGGAAAGAAGAAGGUUUAUUGGAAUCUGAAUAAAGAGAUGAAAUACACAGAUUACUGGUCGUGUAACUCAUCUUUCAUCUAAAAUAUAACUUUAAAUCGGUACUUUAUUAUACCAUAGUUUAAUAAAUAAAAAAUACAUUUCCUUUCUUU